CUCAGAGCAGAGCUACUUUAGCCCCACCCUCUGAGCAGUCCAGCCUUUAUUUAUAUGAAAUCUGUAGUCCAACUGGCUUCAGAUGGCGUGUGUAUGUGCGUGUGCCUGCCUUCUAAGUGUGUGAGACAAGCUGGGAUCAUGAGCCAGAGUUGUUCCAAGUGGUUUUAAUCAGCAGCCCAUUAGAGGAGAACGGAAAACUUCUAACAGGAUAAGAACUGAAUACUCUUGCCUGGCUGAGUAGUUCCUUCUGCAAAUCGGGUGAAGAUUUCUGCUCCUCACCUGUCUGCCAUCAGGUUGUUCCCGUAGCCCUAUGGGAGGGUACUGCCCAAGUCUCUGCUCUUCUGGAACCCGUGACUUCUUGCCAGGCACUGGAAAAGUACUCAGCAGCAGAAAUGGGGAAAACUCUUGCUAAUUUGGGGUAAAGUGUGCCUUCGACUUUUUUUUACCCUGGAAAGACGUGGCUACUUGGACUGCAUCUGCAAUGUGGCAAAGGGUGAAGUGAAGACAGCAAAGAGGCCAUGGUUUUUGCACAAGUCCCCAGGUGCCGCAGGCUUUGUCGCCCCCGUCCCGUCCUUCUGGCUUUAGUGGUGGCCAUCUGUCUGUUCUGCCAGACCCUGACUCCUCUCAUGACCAGCAGCAUCGUUUCAGCAGUCGUUAAUGGUAUUGCACCCAGUAAACUGACUAAAUCACAGCAAGGAAGAUAUAAGGAGAUCUCCCCAAGCAACACUCACUGCUUUCUCCCUGGCAGUAAUUCAGAGGUAGUUAAAAAGAUUGAUGACUCUAUUCUCCAGUACUUUGAAAGCCGUAGGCGAAGAGCAGUUUUGUACGCACCCCCUGCCCACCAUGACACGGACCGUCAGCUCUGUCAGCGCAUCCUGGCAAAACAUGGAUAUACAGUCACAGUCCUUGAAACCAAGAAGCUGAAAGAAGAUCCCAAGCAUGAGGGCCCUUAUCACAAUGGUAUAGGCCCUUGGGAUCUUUUGAUCUGCUUAUCUUCCAGAAAAAAUGAUGGUACUGGCUGCAUUCAAAUAGAUGACUUGCAUCAUCUACAGUUGUUUCAAAAGGUAAACCUAAUUCCAGAAAUCCAGCAUUUCCUUUGCAGAAGAGAGGGAUUAUGCCAGCUAACUAAAGCCUUUCCAGACCUGCAGCUCCCAAUCAUCACCCCAGAGUGCUCCAGCCAGCCUGGGCUGUCAAGGGCCAGCACUGCAAGCAACAUGUCCCAGGGCGGUGAAAACAUUGACAAGACACGUACUUCCCAUCUGCAGUACUGGUGGAAGCAGAGCAUGAGUGCACAGCUGAAUCAGGUAUCAGCAUUAUCAGACCACAAGGACAUCCUUAAAGGUCAAGAAUUUUCUGUCAUCAUGAAAGCAUAUGUGCUUGUGACAUCCUUAACACCUCUGCGAGCAUUCAUUCAUUCAACUGCCACUGUCUGGCAUCCACCUAAGAAGAAGCACUUUUCUGUAAAGUUGCAAAGGUUUUUUGACAUAUUCUUCAAAAGCAGCUCUCCUCAACAAGCCUUCAGCAACAUGAAGGAAGUCAUUACCAAACUUCUAAUCAUAACUGAGGUCUUCAGUGAAUCAUCUGCCUCAGGACCAAAUUCUUUCAAUCAAUGCAGCCAAUGUUUUCAAAUGCUGACCUUUGACAUUGGAUUCAGCACCUCCAUAUACCCAGUAGUCCUUGAGGUGCAUGAAAACUUUGACUUUCAAGAUGAGGAUGAAUCAAAUAUUCAGGACCAAACUUUCAAAGAAUUUCUUUUUGAAGACACAUUUAAUUUUCUCUUAUCUAAUAAAUCCUCAACAUCUAGUUUCACAGAAGCUUUACAGAAAAUGUAUGGAUCAGCUUUGAGCAAGGAUGGAAUUUACCACAGAGAAGAUGAGCGAUGUUUUUCUUUAGAAGAUAUAUGUUCAAUGAUUACUUUCAUAAAGGAGCUGAAGAGUCUUGGACAAUUUGAGCUGCUUUUCCCUUCUGCUGCACCCAAGAUUCAAACUUUUCUGCGUGACCUUUAUCACAUGGUAGACCCAAUGGGGCAGCUUGGCUCAGUCCUGACUGUGCAUUGGUUGCUUUCCAGUUUACUUGAACAAUUCCAGUUCGUGACUAAAGAGAAGCAUACAGAUCUUUCAGAAUGGAGAAGCAAGAAGAACUCUAGAAGCUCAUCUCAAACUAUAAUGAAAUGGUUACAGCCCAGGAAUUUUUCUCGAGAAAAUGCGAGCCUGAAGCAGAAUUUUCCUUCUAACUUCAGGAAGAGUCAUGAAGCAUUGCAUUAUUCCAGUAUGACUAAAGAAAGACAAUGCAGUCAUGAUAAAGAUACCCUAUCUCAUGUCCGGCAGAUCUUCACCAGUCCACAGCUGGACUUGAAUCCUCAGUUUAACCCAAAGAUCAAAGAAUACUACGCAGAAGUCCCAUUUGACAUGAUGACAGUGAAGAUAGGAGCAAAACCCUCUAACUGUCAAUGCCAAGUACACCUUGACCAGAAGAAAGGGCCAAGCAUUGCUAACUACCCUCUUGGCCUUGGAGUGAACAAAGUCAUCAUUCUGGUAACAGAUGAUUCGCAGCCCAGCCCUCAGGUUGUGAGCAGCUACAAAAUUACAAUUUAUCGAGAGGACCGCCCUAGCCUGCCCUUAUUUGAUGAGUAUAUGAUGUGUGGGUUUGUACAGGACUGUGGUGCUCGAAUUCGUCCAGAGGAAUCCUGUGGCUUGCAGCCUCUGUCUCAUGAAUACCUCUCCGCGAUUUCACAGACGAUGUUUAAGACCUGUGAAGCUGGAGACACAAAAGGGCAGUGGAUUGUCCCUUGCCUCAGUUGCUCUGACAACAGGACCUGCGACUGGAGACAAAUAACAUGGCAGCCCCAUGGCUGCCGAUACCCUGUGCUAGCAAAGCCCGAACUCCAGCGCUGUCUGGAGGGCAGAAGGAUUCUUUUUAUAGGUGACUCAACUAACAGAGGAAUGAUGUACUAUCUCAUAGAAAGAGUGAAUAAGACUCUUCAGGAAUGGCAGAAGACUCAUGAUGUUAAAUGUUAUCAUAACAUCAAUGAGGGGAAAACCUUUAUCAGUUACUCCUACUACCCCCAGUUUUGGAUGAAUGCCAGCCAGAGACCAACUUUUGAGAAAGCAUUAGAACAACUGCUGCAGAGAUCACGUCCCCUGGAGAACACAGACCAGACCGUAUUAAUUGUAGGUGGUGUUCAGUGGCUUAAUUCCAAUCACCUGCAAAUUAUCCAAAAGGUGUUGAACAGGGAAAACCUAUCAAAUAUCCUGGUAAUUAUCAAAUCUAUAGGGAUGGGCUUUCACCUCCCAGUGGAUGGAAUACAUUCUCUGUCCCAGGUAGAAGUGCAAAACUUGUGGAAUGAAAACUUAGUUAUUCUGGAUACAGCAAAAAAUCUUGGCUAUGAAGUGGUUGAUACCUUUGUCAUCACCAUGGGACGCUACAAAGAAUUCCUGCAAGGGAAGUGUGGCUGCCAUUUCCAUGAGGUGGUGAAAUCCAAUCCCUCUGAAGAAAGUCCACACAUAACAAUGACUUUUUCAAGGCACUAUACACUGGGGAAAUAUUUCGGCACUCAAAGCAAGCCACCACAACUGCAGGACUAUGCAACGAAUUCUCAGUCCCCGUAUCAUGUCCGAGGUCCAAUAAAUCAAGUUUAUUCUGAAAUCCUUCUCAGCAGGCUCUGUGCAAGUAAGAGGGAACUUGUCAGCACAUAGCCUCUCUUGGAUAUAGUUCUGGGACUAGAAAUGUGCCACUGUCUGAGUGACAAUCAAUGGACCACGAUGAAUUUAUGCCAUACUUCCUUGCUUGGCUACACACACACCACUAGAGCUUGGGAUGUGUGGUAUUUCUCCAAAAAUUUUAUGAAAUCAACAUAUGCCUUGGCAAUUCUGUGGUGUCAAAAUGGAAGCUGGAGGGAUACGAAGAAGGGAAGUGGGGAAGUUACUUGAACUGCUGCCAAAAGUUAGAACAGCUGCAGCUCAAGCAACUGUUUAUUAAUGAUAGUAAGGAGAGAAAUAUAUACACUUGAAUUAUUUGGAAAGGGCUGCUUUACCUCUUCAGCACUAUCUAUUUUUUCUUUUUAUAGAGACACUGUAACAUUUGAAUGUAUUUAGAAAUCAGCUACAUUCCAUUUUAAAGAGUUUUAUUUUAUGUGAAUGGAUUUCCCUUCAAUAUCAAAUCUUUUCCAUUUAGACAUUUGAUUUAUACAAUUUGUAAAUGCCUAUUAGCAUUUUACUGAUGACAUCAAGUUUUGUACUCUAGAUAGUGAAAACACACCCCUUCUUUGUUUCUUAUGCAGAAUAGAUGUCUACUCUACUUUUUGCCUAUUCUAAAGCUAAUAUAGAGAUAGAUUCUUUAGACUUGAUACUGACUAUAACUGUCUUGAUGUAACAUGUGAACAUAGUGAAUAUGUUAACAUAACCUUAUUUAAGUUCCCUGUUUAGGUGAGUGGCCAUAUGCUGGAAGACUGUUUAGAUAUGUGCUUCAGUGUCUGCCUUGCCUGUAAGCCCAGCAAGUUUUUUCCCUGCAUAGAAGUAGCAUUUCUUUUAUGACAUUUUAUAAAAUACUUGCCAACGUGUGAAGCCAAUACCACAAACAGAAGAAAAAUCCCCUCUGCAAUACACAUAAUAACUUUGGAAUCUGUUUUUUAACCUAUCAUGAGGAGUGUAUGAUGUGACAAGAGCAGACUGUACUGCCUGUAUCUCAUGCAGGGACAAGACCUUCUCUAACUUCAAUUUCAUGUAGCCCAGCUACCCCAUCCAUGUUUGCAGACCAACUCUGAAUGAAAUCCCACAGAGAGGCUUUGCCACUGUAGGGAGGAACUGUCUGCUGAUCCCUUGACAGAGAAUUGGCAGCAUACUCUAUUCAUAGUUGUGGUGCCCUGCUGGGAAAUCAAGCGUGGUCCAGGCAUAGCAGCCAGGUGAGGAGUUAAUGGCACCCAGUAAGACUGUUCUCUCCACAAAUUAUCCAUUUAGGAUUAGGGGUUAAUCCAGUUAGUUAGGGAUUUUUAUUAAUCUAGUCCUCGACAGGCAAUCAAAGGCAGCAGUCUCUCCUGCCAUGCACUAGAGAUGGGAGUCAGAAGCAGGUAAGUACGAAUUUAAUGAAGGAUCCACCAAGCUCUGUGACAUCCUUCCCCCUUCACAAUUUUAUUUAUAAACCUCCACUAGCUUCUAGUGCCUUUGAGCAACAUUCCUCAAGCAACAUCAGGGAAGAAACAAAUUAUGGGAUGGAACUAAUCACCAUCUUAUUGUCCUUAGUAGCAGACAGAGGUGCUGCCCAAUGUAGAAGUAGGAGUAGAAAUUCAUGUCACCAUGCUUAGGGUUUGCCAGAGAUCCUUAAAUUCAACACAGUCCAUAUCCCCAGCUAAAGUUUUGUGAAUUCUUGCUUAUUCAGAUAAGACAUACAGAGAUACAAUGGGAAAUUAUCAUGCAAUAGGGAGUUUGGCUGCUCUAGAGGACAAGAGGAUCCUCAGAAAGAGAAUCUGGCUUAUUAUAAUUCAUAAGACCUUCCACUAUUGACAAAGCUCCUUAUUUAGACAAUGACAUUACAUUCAGUGAGACAGUGUGAAUAUUUUGGUUUCUCUAUAAUAUGCUGCUGCUGUGCUUAUGGUAAAUGCUCCUGAAUUUCUGUGUAAGGCUUUCCCUGUCAUGGAAUUUUACAUAAAAGACAGGUCAGGAACUGUGCAUAAAUACUGAAAAUGUCAGCAUUUGGGUUUGAGCAAUAUGAUUAGCUAAGGAAUAUAAUUGUAUAUAAAUGCAAUAAUAUAGAGCCUUGGGUCUGGAAUGCCAGGGCUGCACUAUCUUAAGUUGAAGGCUUUAGAAUCAUGUCAUUAAUAUCAGUAAAUGCAAAAUGCAGCCAGAUGUCUUUGGUAUUAAGAUGAUCAAUGAUAGAUGUAUUGCAAUCCUGCCUCUGUUAAGAUUUUUUUUUAGCUCAUUUAAAUUCACAUGCUGUUGCUGUUAUUGUUCUGUACACAAAUGUUUUUAAGACGAAGUAUUUUUUUAUGUCUUUUUUCUUUUAAUCAAAGUCUAUUGCUGAGGCAUCAGCUAUAAUGAUGAAAAGGAAAGAACUGACUUUUUUAUACUGUAGCUGAUAUCAAUGAAUGUGCAAUUCAUCACUUCUUGUUUCACCACAAAAUUGUUUACAUGUGCUGUCCACCCAGAUGUCUUAAUAUUUCCCAAAUCUUUAUAUUUUUCAAAUGUAUCAAGUGGAAAGUUUCCUGUGUGUUUUCUAUUUCAUACAUGUCUAUGUACAUAUAUAUAUAUAUUUGUCUGUACAAAGCCGUUGGUACAAUUUGCAAACUGAUCUUUAUUUGAACAGUUCUUUGAAUAAGUUUUUCCAACACUAUAUAUGAACCAUGUAAUCUUUGGAAUAAACAAAGGUAAU